ACCUUUGAUGACAGAUAAUAAAAACAGUUAAGACCACACCUGUGGCUUGUACGCAUGCGCCCAGGUGUGUACUUGAACGAUUGGAAUGUUUAGUUGAACCUCUCAUUAAUUGAUUAAACUUAACUUUUGAUCUAAUUAUUUCCCCCCGCAAGAUAAACUUUGAACAUCACCUGAAAAGUCACAGAACUUCUGGAGAUGUAUUCUGACAAAGGUUCAUCCAAAGCCAUUGAGGCUGGUGAAUACGAGAUGGACCGCAAAAAUUGGUCUUCUCAACUGAGCGUGGCUACCACUGGUAGUCGGCACAGCCUCCACUCAGUGUACACUAUACAUUCUUCCUAUGUCUUACCAAUUCUGACAGAAACACCAGACCCUCUUAAGAAGCCACCUGACUAUUUAGGUUUCUCGAUCUGCUCCAUUUUCUGCAAUCCACUCUUUGGUAUAUUUGCAAUAUUGCUGUCAGAAAAAUCCCGAGCAUAUUUCCACAGGUGUAAAUACAGGAAGGCAGCAUUGUGUGGCACCUACGCCUAUGGAGUGGCCCUUAGCGGAUUAAUAUGUACAACUAUUUUGCUGCUUCUGAUUGCGGCACUGUUAAUCUGGAGUACCGUACCUUAUGUUGAUUAAGAUGAAUCUCUUGUGGAACUAGGACAGAAAGAAAGAGAAGA